ACGCGCAGGCUCAGCGGCCAUGGCUCACAGGCCCAGCCGCUCCGCGCCAUGUGGGAUCUUCCCGGACCGGGGCACAAACCCGUGUCCCCUGCAUCGACAGGUGGACUCUCAACCACUGCGCCACCAGGGAAGCCCUAAAGAGGUUAUUUUUAAUGCAGGGAAGGGCAUGGAUUCUGGAGAUGAAGAAAAGUGGAAGGAAUUCCUCCUCAAUUUCCCCUUUCAUAAAAUCGGGAUAAGACUAGUACCUACCUGAAUAUUCACAGCGAGCAGCCAUGGAUUUGUGGAACUGGGAUGAAGCAUCAGCACAGGAAGUGCCCCUGGGGAGCAGGCUGUCAGGUCUGGAAGGAGCUGAACUCGACUUCUAUUUCCCUGAACUGGCACUCCAAGGGGACACGCUGACAGCGGAGACAGGUUGGAAAAGUGUCUGUGGGCUGGGACCCCUGAGCGCUGGGGAAGGGCUCCCACAGCCGGACUGGGGCUCCGCAUUACCGUACCCAGAAGCUCCAUGGGGGGCGGAACCCGCCCCUCAGGCUCUUCCGUGGUCGGGAGACUGGACAGACUUGCCGUGCACCGGCUCGGUCCCUUGGAGCCGCGUCUCCCAGGCCCUGGGUCCCGCCCUCUGGGCUGGCUCUGAAGGGGCAGCCGCCCAGAACUGCGCCACCUCCGCGGAAAGUGCCAACUCGUGGUCGGGCGCCCAGGUCGCCGCCAGCUCCACCAGCUGGGACUAUUCUGUUGGCCCGGACGGCGCCACCUAUUGGGGCAAGAGCCUCGGCGGGGAGCCGCCCGCCGACUCUACCAUUUCGUGGGGCGGGCCUGCGGGAUCGGACUAUACCAUCUCCUGGGACUCGGGGCUGCAUACGGACUGCACCACCUCUUCGAAGGAGUACCAGACUUCAGAUCUCACCACUUCUUCCGAACCGAGCCAGCAGUCGGACCGCGCAACCUUGGCUUGUUACCCCAAAGCUAACCACCGAGGUCCCAUUCAGCUGUGGCAGUUCCUCCUGGAGCUACUCCACGACGGGGCGCGUAGCAGCUGCAUCCGCUGGACGGGCAAUAGCCGCGAGUUCCAACUCUGCGACCCCAAAGAGGUGGCGCGGCUGUGGGGCGAGCGCAAGAGGAAGCCCGGCAUGAAUUACGAGAAGCUGAGCCGAGGUCUGCGCUACUACUACCGCCGCGACAUCGUGCGCAAGAGCGGGGGGCGCAAGUACACGUACCGCUUCGGGGGCCGCGUGCCUGGCCUAGUCUAUCCCGACUGCGUGGAGAGCGGACAGGGAGCAACGACUCAAUAA